GGCGCGCAACAUUCAGUUUGUAUUAAGCCAGAGAGCCGAUCGGACGCAUUUCUUAAAGCCUUUAGAGCGCGCGUGUGUUGGCAUUAGUUUUUAUUUUUAUUUGGUAUUUCUAUUCGCUAUCCACUUAAGCGUUCGCAUGUGUGUUUGCUCAUCGCAAUCGUCGUGGUUUUAGCGUUUGUAUACUCCAACCUUAAAAUGGUCAGCAAUAGAGUGUGGAGAGCUUCAAGUAUAUUUUGCUUGAUUGGAGUCGUGAUAUCAUCAUGUGGAUUGGCACAAGCUAAAGUUGCCCACAAAAUACACUGCACAGAGGACCAGAUGCAAGUAGAAAUCCAAAUACCCGAUACAAGCAAAUAUGAUUCAAAUGCAAAAGCACAAAUAUAUCUAGAGGGUCUCAAAGACUAUCCAAAUGAACGCUGCCAGCCUCAAAUAAAUGAACUUCAGGCAGUGUUCCGGCUUUCUUUGACAGAUUUUUACGAGUGCGGAGUCACACGGAUGGUGAAUCAAUUGACGGGCAAGAAAGUGUAUUAUCACAAGAUAAUUAUCGAAUCCAGUGAAGGUAAGGAGAUAGUAAGCGUUAAAUGUAUCACAACUGAGCCCUUUUACAAUGCGCUUAUGAUGAACGUCACCAAGCGUGAGCACCAUGGCGUUGUGCGGCGCGAUGUACUGCCGGCUGGAUUUCAGGAACCAGAGGAUUUGGAGAUUACGACUUCCCUCACAGAACGUGCGCCUGAACCUCGCCUAUCCAUAGGCGUCACUCAAAAUGGCAAAAAAGUCACUGGUGACCUGACAGUUACUCCGGGUACACCGCUGACAAUGGAAAUAAAUUUGGACCGCGAUUCUUCUCCUGUUUAUGGCUUAGGUGUGAAUUAUCUGGAAGUAACUGACACUCGUCAGCUCUCCGAAACCAUAGUGUUCAAAGGUUGCACAGUGGAUCCAUACCUUUUCGAGAACUUCAACACCAUUGAUGGCGACACAUUGACCGCGAAAUUCAAGGCAUUUAAAUUUCCUGACUCCUCGUACGUUCAAUUCCGAGCCACCGUCAAUGUCUGCCUUGACAAAUGCCUUGGCACACAAUGCUCGAAUGGACAAAUCGGUUAUGGGCGCAGAAGGCGUGAUACAUCUGACAUUUUGACUCAAGGCUUGAUGGAUACAAACAAAGUGUACGAGAUAUCGUUGGCCAUGUUUAUAAAAAUCAACGAUAUUGACGGCGUUAAUCGCAAUGAAGUACUCCAAUUGGAGGAGAAAUUGCGAGAGUUAAAACUAGCCAAUCAGCGCUUGGCGCGCAACAGCCGCGUUCAUUUUGGCGAAUCGCUAAAGGCCUUUGAACAAACGCCAAUGUCUGUGCCCGCGUUCGUAGUGGACGAAAGGGAGCUUACUCAGGCCCAACUAAGCACCAGCAGCGCUACUUACAGCAGGUCAUUGGAAUGGUUACUUCCUCUGCUAGGCUUUUGCACUGCCGCUUGUAAAUUUAUGUAAAAAACCAUUCACCCUACAACCCAAGUACGACUCUAUUUGUUUAUGAAUGCUGCAAAAGCUUUUUGUACUCUUUCUUACAACAAAAGUAUAAAAAGAAGAGGAUGAAGUAGUGUUCAAGUGGAUUAUCUGAUAUAAAAUUGUCGCAGGAACGUAAAAAUAAAAUUCAGGUUGCAUUGGAAAUUAGUGUAUGUAUGUAGAUUUUUACGAAAUGGUAUCUUUUUACAUAUGUGCAUAAGUAUGUGUGUAAUUACUAUUAAAUCUGAGUUAGAACGUUUACAAAUAGUACUUAUCAACUGCCAUCAAAACUUAUUACAAUACGUAUGAAAUAUUAUUGAAAAUUAUCAAAAGUUUAACUAAAAAUAAAAAAUAAUAAUAAUUAAAGGAGACGAAUAAAUGUAAGAGAUAAGUUUGGCAGCUUAAAAUGAUUAUUAACUUUUGCAAAUAAGUAAAUUUCGCACCUAAACAGUCUUUUAUAAAAAUGAGUAUUUAUCUAUAAAAAAUUUUAGCAGUUUUUAAUGCCGAUAAAUUUUGUUUCUAACAAUUAAGUCACUACUAGUCUACUAAGAUAAAAAGUUAUAAUUAAGUUAAUUGAAAAUUAAUAUUGAUAAUAAACAAAAACAAUAACUAAUAAUAA